GGGCCGACGUAUCAGGCAGCGGCGUCCUACUAUGGAAAUCAGCAACAGACAUGGGACACCAAUGCCUGGGCGGCCUACUACGCGGCCUGGCAAUCACCCCAGACCGCGCAGGCCCAGCCAGCGACUGCGGCUACCACGCCUACGAGUGCUGCUGCUAACCCCGGUCAGCCCCAGGGCUAUCAAGCUCAGCACGCCGCAGCGUGGGCAGCCUACUACCAGCAGUACGGCAUGACAGGGUACGGGAGUCCCGUGCAGGCCGGGCCAGCAGCCGCCUCGUCAGCGCCCGCGGCGGCAAGUACCGCCAAGGCGGCGGUGGAGAUGUACGACCCGACCCAGCCCACCACCACGAGCUACGUGCAGCCCUCUGCGCCGGCGUAUUUGAGCGCUGGCUCUGCUCAGCCUCAGCCGAAGGUCUCGUUCCAGCUGCGACCCAGCAACCCCUCGGUCGUUGCGCAGGGCAAGUUCCAGCCAAAGACGCCGGUCACGUCUACGCCACAGGCCAUGCAAUCCGCCGGUGGCAAUGGGACGGCCAGCACGGCCAGUGGCUGGCCGCCAAACCUGCGUGCCUAUGUGGAGCGAGCCUUUGCCUCGUGCACCAGCGACCAGGAGAGGAACGAGAUGGAGACCGUGCUGAAGAGGGUCAUCAGCGAAACGAUGCAAGACGGAAGCAUGUGGACCAAGAACUGGGACACGGAAGCGCUUCCCAGGCUUGGAGCGGAGCAGCAGCAAAAGAGACCCGCCGAGGCCCCCAGCCCAAACGCUGCUGAGAAGUCGCGCAAGAAGAUGAAACCAGAGCCGAAGAAAUCAAAACAACUGCAGCUGAUGAGCUUGGAGGGAGGUAACGACAGGCGUGCCCUGCGAAGCGCUCGCUUUGCCGAGGUGGGGACGCAAGCGCCGCGUCGGCGGCGCAGCAAUUCCUCGCAGCCGUCCGUGGCCCUUGAUAUGGACGACCAAGACUGGGAGAGAAUGGUGGUGCGAGGAACAUGCACUACUCUCGAGAAGGAAUACCUGCGCCUUACCUCUGCUCCCGACCCAUCCACUGUGCGGCCGGAGCCCAUCUUGAAGAAGUGGUUGAAGGCGCUGCUGGACAAGUACUCGCAGAAACCGGAUUACAUCUACACUUGUAAUCAGCUCAAGGCCAUCCGUCAAGAUCUCACGGUACAACACAUCAAGAACGGCUUCACCAUCAAAGUCUACGAGAAACAUGCGCGUCUUGCCUUGCAAAACUACGCGAGGUGGACAGCCAACUCACAGUUCAACGGCGCAACCAAACAGGGCGAUGUCUAUGAGUUCAAUGCCUGUCAAUCCCGCCUGAUCGAACUGUACGACGAAGUAGAAGACCAGGGCAACGUCGAAGAAUUCACCGGCUACAGGAUACUCCACUCUCUAUAUUCCAACUCCAUGGCGGACGUGGCCUUCCUCAUGGCCGAGCUCACCCCGCGAGAACGAGAAGCUCGGCCCAUCGCGCACGCCCUCGGGGUGCGAGCGGCGCUGGCCAUGUCGGACUACCACAACUUCUUUAAACUGUAUAAACAAACGCCCAACAUGGGCGCUUACAUCAUUGACCUUUUUAUUGAGAAGAUGCGGAUCACGGCCCUCAAGACCAUCUGUAAAGCGUACCGACCAACGAUCGAUGUGAACUGGCUGCUGUCGGAGCUCGCGUUCGGCAACAGGAAGAAGACGGGCCUCCUGUUCCUCAGAGAGAACGGCGUCGUGUUCGACGCCAAGGCCAAGACCGAGGGCGUUCGCUGGACUACCUACACGCUCUCUCCCUUCCGUCAAAAGAUGUUCCCCGGUUUCUGGACCGGUCUCAUCCCCCGGCAGAUUAAGAGGUGGAAGUACAACUUCCCCCGCGUCGCCCCCCCGAUCCUUGCCGGCAUCGCCAUCUACACGUGGGGCAACUGGAAGCACGAUCAGAUCGCCCGCUCGCACUGGUACUAG